AUGUCCUUAGCCGAAGGUGCCUCAGACACAGAGCACAGACCAGACGCUGACAGCAAGAAGAAUAGUGAGAAGCCACGAGGAUCGAUGUCAGACCCAUACAUGUGGAAAGAGCAGAUCCAUACCUUGAUGAAGGGCGGAGACAGCGAGUCCGAUAUCUCGGACUCGGAACACUUUCUCACUAAAGGAGCUUUCCUCUUAACACCAUCCCAUGGCUUAAGCAUGGAAAAAGCGUCAGCUAUUUGCGAAAAAAUGGAGUUCAAAGGAUGUUUUUCGCUUACAAAAACCGCAACUGGUAUCCUGUUCAAGUUCUCUAGCGUUGAUGACUAUCAGAUGGUCUUCAAGAAAGGCUUCCACAAGGUCACUGGAUCGCGGUUCUAUAGAAAGAUCGCAAUCCCAUGUCGUCCACAAAAGACCUUCACAAUUUACGUUUACGAUAUCCCCGACGAAGUCCCAGAGGAAGAUGUACGCCACGCUCUGUAUAAGUUCACCUCGGUAGUCGAGGUUGUACGCUUGCACUUUGCUGGUUCACCACGUGAAGCAAAUACUGGCACUUCUACUCCGAAACCCAUAGAAAAGACACCACCCCGCGCCAUCACCAACAUCGACGGCGAGCUGGUCAGCAGUAUGGUGCCCAAGGAGGCUUCGAGUGUGUUGAGAGUGACAUUAGCUAAUAUAGAGGAGGCAAACAUUCUGCUACAGAAUGGAUUAGAUUUCUAUGGAGCGACGUACUUCCCGACAGAGUUGGCCACUCCCGCACAGGCUGCUAAGUUGAUCAAACCGAGCCGAGCAUAUGUUUCUAGGGUGACGGGAGGAACUGUGUCCGCUCGGGUGAGGGAUCUGCUACCGGUCUUCGAUCAACAAGGCUUCGCUAAAUUCGCACCACCAGCAUCUAGACUUGUUAAGCCACGGUCUAAG